AUGGAAAAGGAAGGGGAAGGGGAUGGGGUGGGGUGGGGGUUAUACACAGGCAUUCCGCCGUGUGUCAUUGACCAGCCCUCAUGCUAUCCAGUGGCCUUUGAUCAUGCAGUGCCUGCCUGCACAACAGAGAUAGUUUCAUGUUGGUCAGGCAGCAAACUGGAUGCCUGGGCAGGACUCGACGUGGGGGCCUCUCAGACAGGCUUCGUCAAGCAAAAGUACUUGACAACACCAGGAGGGAUCACGUCUAUCUGUCCAGCCCAUUUACUACCCUCUAUGCGCGGAACGGUGCAUGGCACAGUUCCAGCCGGCACCUCAGACCCGGCACUGGCGCUUUGA